ACGACGCCUGGUCGCAAAUGCUUAUACAUGGGAAGCCCAAAGUUUUGCGCCAGUCUCCCACUCUUACGCUCUUCAAACAAAAUGGCGGACCAAAAGACAAAGAAUGAAACUCAAGUUUAUACAGAUGUUUUGUGUAAAAUCAAGUCCUAUUUGGAAUCAAAGCGAGAGAUUAUUGACGCCCAUAACGUUGACUUCUUUACUCAAAAUUUAUGGGAGAAGUGCUUGCCAGAAGGUUUGAGAAAUGACCUAGACCUACUAACACAGGAAGAACUAUCGAGGUUACCAUCUCUUUAUCUUUAUGAUGAUGACGAAAACUAUGAAGACAGCUCAUGCAGUGAACUCAGAAAGUUUCUCACGGAAGCUAGAAGUGUGCAGUUGUCGGGUAUUGAAUUUGUGCGUACCAGGCGGGGUAUGGGUGAUGGGGAUCUUCAAAUGCCUUUGUACAUGAUGACUCCAAAGAAAUCACAUGAAGUGUCUGUCAUGGCCCAUGUUGUGAAUCAGAUCGCUUCUCAGGUUAAAGCAGAGAAGGUUCUUGAUCUCGGUAGUGGCAAAGGCUAUCUCAGCCAAGCUCUAGCUCUUGAUUAUGGACUCACAGUCACUGGUGUGGACUCAAAAGAUAUGAACACUCAAAAUGCUGUUAAACGAAGCAUGAAAUUAUUAAAAGCACUACAAGGGAGAAUGCGCAAGGAAAACAAAAGUCACAAUAUGGCGGAUGACAGCAGUGGAAGAAAAGAUACAAAAUCUGCUACAAUCUGUUCCAAAAAAUCAGAUAUAACUGAACAAACAAUUGACAUCAUGUGUGUAAAGGACAAUCCAUGUGGUCAUUUUGUACACAGUGAUAACAAAUCCCCUAUAAAUAUGGGCCUAAAGAGUGACCUAAAGGAGAAAUGUAUAAGCAGCUCAUACACACCAAUAACUCAAUAUGUAGAUGUUUCAGCAUUUCAGUCGGGGGAUCUAUUUGGACUCUCAACUGAAGAUACAGAUCCCAGGCUUGUUUUGGUUGGACUACACACAUGUGGAGAUCUGGCACCUACAGCAAUCAAGUUGUUCAUAGGAGAUGAAUCAGUGAAGGCACUUUGUCUUGUAGGAUGCUGUUAUCAUCUUCUUUCACAAGCAGGUUCAGGUGAUAUACAGGGGGGAGAUCCUGGGUUUCCCAUGAGUGAAUACUUGCAAAGAGAGAAGUUCACUUUAAGUAGGAAUGCCACUAUGGUUGCCCAGCAGGCUGCUGAUAAGAUUGCUACUUUAAGUAAGCUACCACCAAAAAGUGUGUUUUAUAGGGCAGUGUUACAGGUUAUACUUAAAGAGAAGUUCCAGCUGGACACAAGGGGACAGCAUGUUGGCAGAAUUGGGUCUAAGUGCAAGACAUUUCAUGAAUAUGUUAAAAAAGGCCUCAGCAAGCUGGGGUUACCCUUUCAUAAGAUUACAGACUUGGAAAUAGAGAUGUACUAUGAACGAUUUCAACCUGAAGAAAAACAUAUACUUGCCUUCCAUCAGCUGCGUGCAUCUAUGGCGCCAUCUAUUGAAAGCUUAUUCAUCAUCGACAGGCUUUGCUUUAUGAAAGAACAGGGCUUCCACGAUUCCUCUGUUGUGUGCCUGUUUGACCCGGUGAAGUCUCCACGGUGCUAUGCUAUCAUUGCCAACAAAGAAGAUGUUCAAACAACCGAAGCUCAUAUCGCGGAAUCUGUUAGUUGAGAUAACUCCAAAGAAACUCAAAGGUUAACCCGAGCGAGCCUGUGCCAAGUGCCCCCUUUUGCUGUAACUCGCGAAAUACGCACGUUUUAGGUAUCAUAAUUGGAACACAUAACCUUCUGUAAUAGCUGCGAGAUUCGAUGUUACAUAGUGUUAGUAUUUUUGAUGAUAUUGCGAUCAAAGCGCAUCACCGCUUCUAAUCCUCCAAAAAAAUUGUGCGGAUAUUUUUUCACGUAUCUUUGUAAAUGUUUUUCAACACAUUCUGUGGACACUUCCUGAAAACAAGAGCAAAAUCGUAGGAAGCGUUACUGCGUUUCGUAGCUUUCUUUAAUUGCAGAGUAAAAAUAUUUUACAAUUAAUCAUCCAAUUUUUAAAUGCUAUUAGAAUCUUUUACAAAAGACCCGAACAUGAACUUUCUUGAUUAAACGACACCUUAGAUGCCCUUAGAUGUAGAAGCAACUUUUAGGAAUUUAUAUGUACAAGCCCAAAUUAUCAAUACAGCAGCCCACUCAUAAGGCCUAACCUCAUUGGCAUAAUUACCUCAUUGUUCUAUUGUAUUCCCAUUCUAUUGUUUUGUUUUCAAUUGUUUUGUCUGUGGUGCAUCAAUCCAAUGAGAUGAAAUCUUCGAAGAGGUGCUACACGACCCGCUCAAAUGUGUCAAUAAAGACCUUGGUAUUGGUCGCAA